AUGUUGUGCAGCUCCGCUCCAAAAGCGGUCCCGAGUUGUUCGGUAUGUUUUGUAGUAGCCGUCUUGGCGGCCUCUGGAAAGCAGCAGAGUCAGUUACAGGACAGACUCCUCUUCAAGGGCCUGUUGGUAGAGAAAGAACUGAGGUUCGAGGCCGAACACGAGCUCGCCACGCAGCAGGAUUCGACCAGUCCGCAAAACGGCAGGGAGGGCUCUGCAGUUGGAUCCCGCCCAUCGAUUGCGCUCGCCUUCGAGAUGAACCAGUUCGGCAGCUUGGCAGAGAUGCGUGCCAUCGGUGUCAGAGAGCAGUGGCUGAUCGAAGACGCCGAGGUCAAUGCACUGCCAGGCCGAGGUCUCGGCACGGGCGGGCUCGUCGUCGUGGUCGAAGGGCUUUACCACAACACGAUCGUGGCUCUGAAGGCGCCCAUGCAGGACAUCCAAACGAACCUCGUGCACGGGAGCCUCCCUUCGCUCUGCAACGAGCUACGGAUCUUUCGCCGGCUUCGGCACCCCAACAUUGUCCUCCUCUAUGGCGCCAUCAUGGGCGAGUACACUGCCUCAUGCGAUUCUGCCUAG